UGGGCGGGGCCUGGGCGGGGCCACUGGCUGGCUCGGGGCAGCUCCUAGGUUUCUCAGCCUUUUCUUGUCUCCUGCACCACUGCCCCAACCGGCCGCGGCAGAGUCUGAGUGUGAAGCUGUGGAAGGCAGCCGUCGCGGGGAAAGUCCUUUCGGAGGUGAUGUUUGCAUAAUUCGAAGGCGAAGGGACACCAGAAAUGUCAGCCCUCAACUGGAAGCCCUUUGUCUAUGGAGGGCUGGCCUCCAUCACAGCCGAAUGCGGCACAUUUCCAAUUGAUUUAACCAAGACACGACUUCAGAUUCAAGGCCAGACAAAUGAUGCCAACUUCCGAGAAAUUAGGUACCGAGGGAUGCUGCAUGCGCUGGUGCGGAUUGGCCGGGAAGAGGGCCUGAAGGCCCUGUACUCCGGGAUCGCCCCUGCAAUGCUCCGCCAGGCCUCCUAUGGUACCAUCAAGAUUGGCACUUAUCAGAGCUUGAAGAGGUUGUUCGUGGAACGCCCAGAAGAUGAAACUCUGCUGAUCAAUGUCAUAUGUGGAAUUCUUUCUGGAGUCAUAUCUUCAGCCAUUGCCAAUCCAACUGAUGUGCUAAAAAUCCGGAUGCAAGCACAGAGCAAUAAUCUCCAAGGAGGGAUGAUAGGCAACUUCAUUCACAUUUAUCAGCAAGAAGGAACAAGAGGGUUAUGGAAGGGCGUGUCCCUCACGGCACAGAGGGCUGCCAUCGUUGUUGGUGUGGAGCUUCCGGUCUAUGACAUCACCAAGAAACAUCUGAUGCUCUCGGGUCUCAUGGGAGACACUGUUUAUACCCACUUUCUCUCAAGCUUCACCUGUGGUCUUGUUGGGGCCCUGGCCUCAAACCCUGUGGAUGUUGUGAGAACUCGAAUGAUGAAUCAGAGAGUCCUUCGAGACGCCAGCUGCUCUGGCUACACUGGUACCUUGGAUUGCUUGUUACAGACAUGGAAGAAUGAAGGAUUUUUUGCCCUGUAUAAAGGGUUUUGGCCAAAUUGGCUGAGGCUUGGUCCCUGGAAUAUCAUUUUCUUUGUGACCUAUGAGCAGCUGAAGAAACUGGACUUGUGACACAAGGACAAGGCCACCUGAGACGACCAUCUGAAAGUGCAAACUUCUGCAGUAGUUGAGCUUUCUGUAUUCCACUCUACUUCUUGCUUGGCUCAUCACAGGUCUGGGAUGGGAGCCACAGAUGAAGACUGGGUUUGUUCAGAUUGUUUUGUGUCGGCAUCACAUGCUCUUCACUAGUGCUAAUGGCUUGAAUGGUAACCUCCAAACACCAGUCCUUACCAUUGAAGUGCCCUUUCACAUCCAAGAUCAUACACAGACAUACAUAUUUCUUGUUAAAGAACACUUGCAAAAAAGAAUACAGGAGCUGUAUGUUGUUUUCUUUCGGAAGAGUAGCUUCUGCUGCUACUUCUCUCAGGCUGUUCUGAGAAAGCACUGGAAACCAUGUGAUGCAGCCUUUGCGAGGAUGUUGCUGUUUCUGAGCUGCUAGGAGCUCGUGCUGCUUGUCACCUGAAGAUAUUUCAGGCCGUGGAGACCUGGACUUUUUAAUUCCAGGUACAGACAGUGCUGGAAGUAGAUCCUCAGAGUUUUGCACUGCUUUAAAAUUUCCUACUUCGUCAGGAUCUCUCACUUAUAGUAAGUGAUUUUUAAGCCUUUACCUUUGUGAGGAAUUGUUGAAAUAUGUUAACACCUAAUCCAGGGUGAUGUGAUGUGUUGGCUGUAAAGGUACCAGUUGUAUGUUGUUUAUGUUGUUUUGGUGUAUGUUGCUAGAAGGUAUUUCAAGCUGUUUGACUUCUGUCUUAGGUAAUGUUUUAGGAAUUGAUUGUAUUAUUCUUUUAAAAAUUCUUCUUGUGCUAGCAUUGGUUUCAGCUUAUGGUCUUGAGCUUUUUGCUCAAGGCUGGUGCCCUACUACUUGAGUUACAGCUCUACUUCCAGCUUUUUG